UCUCAGCAUUAUUCUGAGAACGAUAAUCUCAGCAAAAUAAAUACCUUGAAAUUGUAGGGCAGAGUGGAGUAUAGCGCAUACAGUCAAGCUCUAGUUUUGCCUUCAGCCAUUCUCCAGGUUUGCCGCUCAUACGGAAAUGGGGGAGGGAUCAGAAGUUAAAAUGAAUUACACUAAUGGAGCUCAUGUGAGAGCUGAGAGAGAGAGAGAUAUCAGGGAGCUGGAAUUACACAGAGGUUUACCAACCCUGAGCUGAACUGCUGGGCUUUUGAGCUUCUGAAAUGGAAAAGGUCCAACGAAGCCCUGAAAACGAGCCAGCUCCAUCCAAACAGCGACUGACGCGAUGCGUACUCAGCGCAGCGUUUUUCGGAGCUCUCGGCUCCUCCUUCCUGUACGGCUACAACCUGUCUGUGGUCAACGCCCCCUCCAAGGAUAUAAAGGCGUUUUAUAACUUGACAUGGAUGACCCGCUACGGUGAGCCACCAUCAGUGGACACUCUCACCUUGCUCUGGUCCAUCACUGUGUCCAUAUUUGCGGUUGGAGGCCUGAUGGGGGCGCUCACUGUCCCCUUCCUUAUUAAAACACUGGGCAGGAAAGGCACUCUGCUGGCCAAUAACGUGUUGGCGGUUAUCUCCGCUCUAUUAAUGGCUCUGGGCGAGAAAGCGGGGUCAUUUGAGAUGCUCAUCAUUGGCCGCUUCAUUGUUGGCAUGGAUUCAGGAGUGUCUCUCAGCGCGUUGCCGAUGUAUCUGGGCGAAAUCUCUCCGCGGCAGUACCGCGGCUCCAUCGGUCAGUUUAACUCCGUCUUCAUCUGUCUCGGAGUUUUCAGCGGACAGCUGUUCGGCCUUCCCGAGAUAUUCGGCCAUGUGAACAGAUGGAACUUCCUGUUUGCCUUUAUCGCUGUUCCUGCCAUUCUGCAGUUGUGCGUUUUGCCGUUUUUGCCGGAGAGUCCGCGAUUCCUGCUGAUGGAGCGCAGAGAUGAAGCUCGAGCUGAAAAGGCAUUCCAGUCAUUUUUGGGGAAGAAGGAUGUGAGUGCUGAAUUGGAGGAGGUGUACGGCGAGAUCAGAGUGCAGAACACUCAGCAGUCUGUGUCUUUCUUCCGUCUGUUCCGUAAUCCUUCCAUCCGCUGGCAGCUCAUCACUGUCAUCACCAUCAUGAGCAGCUACCAGCUGUGUGGCCUCAACGUUAUCUGGUAUUACACUAACGGGAUCUUUGAAAGUGCAGGAUUUGACAAGAGCACAAUUCCUUACGUCACGCUCAGCACGGGAUUCAUCGAGACGCUGGCAGCCGUCAUAUCGGGCUUGGUGAUCGAGCGUGUUGGACGGAAGCUGUUGCUGAUAUUUGGCUUCUUGGCGAUGGCGGUGUGUUACAGCCUCCUCACCAUCUUCUUGCACUUCCAGGACAGUUAUUCAUGGAUGCCAUAUAUGAGCUUCAUCUCCAUAUUAGCCCUAAUUGCUUCUUUUUGCUCUGGCCCAGGUGGUAUUCCCUUCAUUCUGACUGGUGAGUUGUUUGAGCAGGCAUAUCGUCCCGCUGCAUUUCUCGUCGCUGGAAUUGUGAACUGGCUGGCGAACUUUAUUGUAGGCCUCAUCUUCCCUUUCAUUCAGGAAUCUCUUCAGAACUACGCUUUCUUGGUCUUCGUCUUCGUCUGCGUCUUCGCCGCCAUCUACAUCAUCAUUGUCCUACCCGAGACCAAGAACAAAACCUUCAUGGAGAUCAGUCAGAGUUUUGCCAAGAUCAAUAAGAUCCCCCAGCACAUGGAAGCGGAGAUGGAGGAUGUCCUGGACGUCCAGCAGGAAAAGACCAGCGCAUUGCACCUGAACGCUGGAACUGUUAACACUAAACAUCCUGUCAGGAAUCAUGAAGAUAACGGUGUGGUGCAAUCCGAGAGCUUCUUCUAACCCUGCACCCUCGCCACGUGAGACUCUCACUAACAUGUUCAGCUAGACACAGGUAGUGUUAUAUAAAAGUGCAGCAAUAAACUCUUUACAUCAGUACGCUAGUUUUAAUUUUUUUUAUUUACAAAUUUGCUGCGAAGUUAAUUUUAAUAAGUGAGUAUAUAUUUAAAUUGACACUAAAUUUGAUUCACAUAUAACUAAAUGUAGGUCAUGCUGUAGUUCAAAUUCAUAUUCCCUCACCAGUUACAUAAUUCACAUCAACCCUUUUUAUUUACCAUCCCUCCAUCACUGCUUAUAUAACAUUAAACAGUUAUUUUAUUAAUAAUAUAUAACAGUUAUAAUUAUUAAUAAAUCUACAUUUUGUCUCCGUAUGUAAGAUUUGUUCACUGGAAUGACAAAAAAAAUAUUAUUAAUGCUUUAAGAGAAUUUUUCAAUGUUUACAAUAAUUGCUGCUAUGACAUUUUAGAAUAAGUUGUAGCAAUGUUUUGAAUAUUUACAUUUUUAUAUUGUUAAACAUUUUAAAUGAAAUAAUUUGUUGAAAUUGUGUAGUGUAAUAUUUUUUUAUUAUUUACAUACAGAAACGCACAUGUACCUAUAUAUAGUAGUAUAUUCUAAUUUAACAGACUGCUGUAUCUUGUACUGUAAUAAUAAUGCUAAUAUUUACAACCCUAUAUAUAAUUUUAUACAUGUGUAUUCACAAGGUUUUAUAUUUGUAACCAGCGCAAACCGGAAAUGAAUAUAAUUUUGACUCAUGAAGACAUAAAUCUGAGCUCUGUUCAGUAUCUGUUUUCAGUAUCUGUGGGAUGUGCUGAACAAACAAGUCCGAUCCAUGGAGGCCCCACCUCCAUGGACGUAAAGGAUCUGCUGCUAACAUCUUGGUGUCAGAUACCACAGCAGGCCUUCAGGGAUCUAGUGGAGUCCAUGCCUCGAUGGGUCAGGGCUGUUUUGGCAGCAAAAGGUGGACCAACAGAAUAUUAGGCAGGUGGUCAUAAUGUUAUGGCUGAUCAUUAAGGUAUUUGCCAAUAGCACUGAAUGUGCUUGGAUACAGUAUUAUAGGAUGGAAUUUUGUAGCCUCCAAUCAUGUGUAGAACUUUUUUUGGAAUCAUUAUUUACAAGUUGUCAGUAAUGCUUAAUUAAUUAUCAGUAAUUUGUGAACGAUGCUUUUGUGGGAUUAUUAUAAAUAUGAUGAAAUCGCCUCACAAGCCUGUGUACACAUCAGCGGCAUCGGAUUCAUUCUUUAUACUGUCUUUUUAUGAUACAGUAAAGCACUUUUAAUCAAUCAUAACUAAGAAUGAUCAAUUUCUUUGAGGAUAUUUGCCUAAAUACAAAUAUAUGUUGGCAUUUAUAAAUCAGUGCAUCAAUCCAAAAAGCUGGCAUCAGCCAAUAUGAAAUAAUGACAAGAAUUAUUAUUCAUAUUUCUACAAAGGAACACAAAACCAUUCAUUUCAAAUGAUAUCUGGAUGACGUUACACCCUUUAACGUUAACUAGCUAGAUAUUUAUCAUAAAGUGAACUGUUUUUGUCCAUAGCUAUAGAAAGGAAACGAUUUAUAAUCACACUUCCUGGUGUCACCCAGAUGAGGAUGGUUCGUCUCCAGCUUUCUUCCACAUAUCCUCUCAGGGAGCUUCUCCUUAUUGCCCUUGUCGCCUCUGGCUUGCUAAUUAGGGAUACAUUUAUCCAGUUAUAUCAUUUCUAUCUGGGAUUUAUACAUUUCUGUAAAUCUGCUUGGUGACUAUAUCUACCCUGUAUAAGCGCUAUACAGAUCAGUCUGAACUGAACUCCAAGUAUUUGCAGGAGUCAUCUCUGUAUUCUGUAUUCUGCUUCAUUAUUGUUGUAUUAGGUCUGUUAAUGGCUUUUUACGAAGAAUGCUGAACGAACAGGAAAAACCCUGUUUUGGAAAACGCCACAGCUGAAAUCCUCAAUUUGCAAAAUGGCCUCAGUGGAGUUAAUUAGCUAGUUUCUCAGUAGUUUAUAGUGGUUGAAGACUAUAGUGGUUAUAGCUAGCUACAUUAUUAAAGGUGUACUUUAGCUGUGAAACACUGAUAACCUGUUAAAAAGCCUGACCUGGGUGGCAUGUGUCACGUGUGCUGUUUUUGUAAUUGUAGUCACUGCACUGUUACUACGAUCUAUUGUACUUAGAACUUGGAUGAACCUGACCUCUCACAGGAAAACGUGCAGCUCUCUGACGUCAAAACGUUAUGGUCUCACCCAGUCUCCAGUGCACAGGUUUAUCAUUGCAUCAGUUACUAUAUGUAUUAUUUUUUGAGCCUUUCUCUGAAGCGUAUAACCGUACAGUUUCGAAGCCAAGAUGUGUCUGAGGCCCUCUAGUUUAGCCCCGCCCAUGAUGCUGAGUAGAUACAAGCACAUUUUUGUAUUAUAAGCAAAGAUGAACAAGAGGAGAAAUCAGUAAUUCAGAUCUCCUUUAUACUGCAUGUUUAUUCAUCCAAAUAUGACUUUUUCCGGGCAUGAGCAGUGGAACGAGGCUGGAUCAGAACUCCGGAAAAUGGACCUGGAAAUUUGUGUAUUCCAAGAACAACAGUAUGCAGCAUUAUAAGUAAAGGAAGACCAGGACUUUGAUCUCACACACACACAAAAUCAGGCUUGGAUCCUUUCCAUAUGUAUAUAGACAGUAUGUAUCAAAUAAUCAUGUAAAACACACACACACACACACACACACUCUGAUCUGAGUGCUCAUACUCAGUCUCAUGUCCUGAAAUCCAGUUAGAUAUUUAAUCAGAUCUUGUCCUGUACAAGUUCGAUUUUUUUUUUUUUUAACCCAUUUGUGUUGUGAUUAUAGAAUACUGUCGCACCAAUCAGGAGCCUAUAGCUUAGAUAACAUAAAACCAUUAGCCAAGUUUGCUAGCAUGCUAGUGUCAUAGUGCUGUGAUGACGCUAAGCUGAUUAAAUGAAUGCGUUUGACGUGAUUGAUUUUUGACCCAUGAACUCCCGGAGUGGCACUGAAAAAAUAAAAAAUCAGGACGUUGCCGUUAGAUUUAUUCUGACUUUAUUAAAUCUGCAGGUUUUAAUUGGGCUGCUCUAAAUAUAAAAUACAGACGUUCUAGUCCGGACGGUCUCCCAGAGCGGAGACAAGUUCGGACGUCUUCACUCUGGAGACGACAGUUUAAUCAGGUGCACAGCAGAUGGAAGAGAGGGAGCGAGCAAGAGAGAGAGAGAUGAGGAAUUGGAUUGUGUGUGUGUGUGUGGAAGAGUGAGUGAGUGAAUGAGGGAGGGUAAGAGUGUGGGAGAGAGUGUGUGAGUGAGUGAGUGAGUGAGUGAGUGAGGGUUGAGUGUGUGUGUAUGUAUGUAUGUGAGUGUGUUUAUGUAUGUGAGUGAGUGAGUGUAAGAGAGAGAGAGAAUGAGGGAGAGUGAGUGAAAGAGAGAGAGAGAAUGAGGGAGAGUGAGUGAAAGAGAGAGAGAGAGAGAAUGAGGGAGAGUGAGUGAAAGAGAGAGAGAGAAUGAGGGAGAGUGAGUAAAUGAGUGGCAGCUAAUAGAGUUGAAACCUAGAUUAACUAAAAAUCCAGACAAGCUUGAUUGUGUGUGUGUGUGUGUGUGUGUGUAUCAGUCCUGUUCUUCCUACACUGAUUUCAUCAUCAUCUAGCCUGACCCCUCACAAAUUGUGCAAUAUGGCUGUUUGUCAUUAGCAUAAAGUAGCUCUUUAUUUGACUUCACCUCAGGUUCAGCCUCUAUCCCAGAAUCCCUCACACAUUAAUGCAGAACUCCUGAGGGAAAAUCAAUUAGCACAGCUUCCAGUUUGCACGUCCCCACAGCAAUGACCCGUAUAUAAGUGACCGCCGUGACGACGAGUCGAAAGUGAAGCCAAGGUGUUUCUGAGGCCCUCUAGUGGCCGGCUGCACUUUUUAGCCCCGCCCAUUCCCAUGAUGCUGAGUAGAUAUAGAGCACAAUUUUUGUAUUUAAGUUACAACUCCACUGACCUCAACCUGACAGAACACCUUCGAGAUGAAUUAGAGCGGAGACUCUGAGCCAGGCUUAACAAAUGCGCUUCUAGAGGAACGGUCAAAAAUUCCCAUAAACACACUCCUAAUCCUUGUGGAAAGCCUUCCCAGAAGAGUUGAAGCUGUUAUAGCUUUAAAGGGUGGGCCCACUCCAUAUUACAUUCAGGGCAGACGUCCCAGUUUUGACCUGGCUCACAGUCUCCGCUCGAAUUCAUCCCAAAGGUGUUCUAUCAGGUUGAGGUCAGGACUCCAGUCAAGUUCCUCCACACCAAACUCACUCAUCCAUGUCUUUAUGGACCUUGCUUUGGGCACUGGUGUACAGUCAUGUUGGAACAGGAAGGGGUCAUCCCCAAACUGUUCCCACAAAGUUAGGAGCAUGAAAUUGUCCAAAAUGUCUUGGUAUGAAGCUGAAGCAUUGAGUUCCUUUCACUGGAACUAACCCAACCCCUGAAUUCAAUGAUUUUGGAGGGGUGUCCCAAAACUUUUGGCAAUGUAGUGUAUGUGCUGGCACAAUAGUGACUCCCUGACCACAGACAGUGUUUGAACUGAACGCUCCUCACGCCACAGCACUGGUGAAUCCCAGCUCUGAGAACUCCUCCUAUCUCUUGAAUAAGACUUUUCUAAUUUCAUUUGGCUAAUUUAAAUUAUUCAAGCCACCUAUUAUUCUUUUCAGCUGCUCAGUAAAAUCCUUGUCUGGUCUGCGAUUAUCAAAAGAGCCUUACUGUCUACUUUGUGUUUGUUAUAAGCUGGGUUUAAAUCAAUGCCAAAGCUGUAUGGAUUGUCUCCUCCUGUAUAAGCAUUAUCGAACCUUUUGCAGCGUUACAACCUGGAACCGAAACAGAUUUAAGUGGGAUUUUAUGUCUCAACUUUACUCAGGAGUGAACAGAUGUAAAUAUAUUGAGAUUAUGUAAGACUUUAAUUGCACACCAGUGAACUCUAUUCAAAUAAUUAUGUGGCUUCUGAAGGCAGAGGCUAAUUUCCAUCGACAUUACAGUUACACUUGUGGCAUUUGGCUGGUAGCUGGUUCUUUUAUACCAAAUAGGGCGAAUACUUAUGCAACAGCAACUUUUACAUUUGUAAAGAUUUGUAAAUGUUAUACACUAUAUGGAUUUUACCUCCCAGUUUAAUAGUAAGGUCUAUUUUGUGUAGAUCUUAGUAAUUCUAUCCAUUUCUAGAUAGUAAGGUAACUCUCGACGUUUACCUACAAGACAACUGACAUGUUCCAAAAGGACACCUGACCAGGCUUUAAUCGUAACGUUAUUGCUGUUAGAAUUAAAAAUAGCUAUCCUCUACAUCAUACUUGAGACUUCCACCGAUCAGGCAUAACAUUGUGAGCACUGACAGGUGAAGUGAAUAACACUGAUGAUCUCCUCAUCAUGGCACCUGUUAGUGGGUGGGAUGUGGGCUGAAUCAGAGCGUCUUCAAAACUGCAGCUCAUGUGGGGUGUUCCCAGUCUGCAGUGGUCAGUAUCUAUCAAAAGUGGUCCAAGGAAGGUACAGUGGUGAACCGGUGACAGGGUCAUGGGCGGCCAAGGCUAAUUGAUGAACGUGGGGAGCGAAGGCUGGCCCGUGUGAUCCGAUCCAACAGACUACUGUUGCUCAAACUGCUGAAGAAGUUAAUGCUGGUUCUGAUAGAAAGGUGUCAGAAUACACAGUGCAUGAUGGGUCAAGGCUGUUUCAGCAGCAAAAUGGGGACAUAAUGUUAUGCCUGAUCGCUAUACACCUUAUAACAUUUUCAAAGCCGAACCAAAAAGCAGUGGAGCAAGACCAGGGGCAGUUUCUGGAGAGAUGAGUGAGGGAGAUUACCCCUAAUUAUCAGACCUAGCAAUCAGACCACCACCUCCACCCACCAAGGUAUUUACACCGCGAUCAAUUAAAACAUACAUAGAAGUAUUUUCAUUAAGCAUUAUUGGUGUUCCAUAUCGAUUGUGAGUUUGUCAGGUAAAAAUACUAAAAGCCUCUCUGUUGAACAAAUCAGUAAAACCCAAUUAUAUUCACUACACAGUGCUUGAUUUUUAUGCUGUUUGACAUGGAGAGCAUAGGCAGGUUUGAAAUGGAAGAGAAACACUUUGGUCAGCAAAUCUAGUAAUCUAGGAUAGUAGGAUAAUAUGGUGUAAUCUAGCUAACGACAAUCCACACAUUGUCCCAGGCUAAUUCAUCACAAUGUAGUCGUAACUAUCAAUAAAACAAGACAACAAAUAAAUAACAGCCUUGUGUUAUCUAGAUCGUACUCCAUUGUCCAUUGAUUGAUGCUAGUCGACCUGCCACCUACAGUAACGUAUGUUUUAUUGAGUUCUCACCUUUAUUGCGCUGUUUACCGCUGCACAGGGAACAACUUUUAUGUAACACUUGCAAGCAA